GGUCACCUGCAGAUCGUCUCCCAGGGAAGAGGCCAGGCCCUUGGGCCUGUCCAUCCCCUCCCAGGCGCGCCCUUUGCGGGCAGUGGGCAGUCCUGGGUCUGGGGCAGUUCCCAGCCUGGGAAAGAGUUCUCUGAGCUGAGAGGAGGGGAGGAGCUUAGGGGCUGCCUCACUGGGCAGGAAGGAGCUUUUCCUUGUGCCCCCCAGGCUGGGCAGCCUCUGGGUGGACUGUGAGCCUGUGGGAGAGAGAAGGGUGUACAUGGCCUGAUCUGGGCUGAGUCGGAGCUGGGCGAGAGAGGAAGCCAGUUGCAGGGCUGCUGUACCAGGAAAUUGCAAGGGAGAGGAAGCAGCAGGACUUAGAAAUCAGGGGGCGCCGCCCUGCCACUCCCUUCUGCUGGCCUUGGGGUCUUGAUGAAGCUGCAGGUGGUUGGAUUUGUGAGGUGCCUGGCUUUCGGGGUGCAGCAGAUGUGCAGGUGUGGACGGCAUGAUGUGGGAAGAGAGCAGCUCCCCAUCACCCCAGAGUUGUUCCCACUUGAGGCUGAGGUUUGACAAUGUGUGAAGUUAGCCAAGUGCUCUGCAGACUCCUGGGAAGUGACAGCCCGAAGGUGGUGUGGCCGAGAGCUACCUUUCCUUGGGUGCACAGUGCUUCCGGGGCAGGGGAGGGAGCAUGCAGCCUACAAGGAGCUGAUCCUGUCUGCUGCACCCUUGCCGAUGGGUUGGUGGCUAGGUGUGGCUGGCCUUGUGGCUCGUCCUCCCCCUGGACUCCAGGGGUUAUCCCCCUAGGGAAAUGCAGAUUCCUGGAGGGGGUUGAGUCUUCACAGUGAAAACUGAGACUCCUUUUAGAGAAUGGCUUUCUUAGCUGAGUGGCUUUUGGAGGAUGUGGGUCUGAAGGGCGGGGCCAGGUUGGGGUGCCAGAGUGGGCACAGCCUGCUGCCUCCCUGCCUGCCUGCGGCCCGGAUGGUGGGAGCAGGGGCUGACUGUCUGGCCCCAGGGGAAGGGAUGGGACAGCCCAAACCUCUGUCCUUUUCCUGGCACUCUGGGUGGGUGGCCAGUGUACCUGGUGGGUUGAGGCCCUCGGGAUCAUCUGCUUCCCUCUAGUGAGCUCAGUCUCGGGGGAAGUGGCAGUGCCCCAGCUCUGGACUGGCCUCAGAUCCAGCCCCUGGGGACGGAGCUCCCAUGGGUGCCGGGGGCCGCCACUCCCAGCCCGUCUCCAAAGGCGGCCCUGCCCCUCAGUGUGUCCGGGGUGGCUGUGCUAAGGCCGGCCCUCCCCCGUCGCGCACAUGCACACACAGCGACACAGCAGGCACCAAGGCGAGGGGCUGUGUGUGCUGAGCCCAGGCUUUCUGCGAGGUGAAAUCUGUCGAGGAGGCACUUUUCCGUGAGCUCUUAGAAGUCAUCGUUGUGCUAAGCGGUCUGGGGGAGGGGCAGGAAAAGCAGGUGCGGAGGCAGCCUGGGGGUCCCAAGAGGGUGUCCCUGUGCCCUGCUUGGCUCUGCUGGGAGGGCCUGUUUCCCGGGGCGUGGGGCCAGACGCCGCGUCGGUUCUGUGGUCUCUAGUUCCUGGGUCAUCCCCAGCCUUUGGCCUGCAGGAGGCCCCGUCCCUGCUGGGGGGCCUUGGCCUGCCUCCCCUCUCCCUAAGCCACAGCCUCCCCCCUGGUUGGAAGCUGGGGAGGCGGGGUCUCCACCCGAGUGCACACCCGGGCCUCUGACUCCCCGAGUGAGAGCAAGAAAGCCCCCCAGCUCAAACCCUCCUCUGCGCCUGUGGCUUCCUGGCAGUGUGUCUUACCCACCUGUGUACUCGUUUUUUGGGCCAUUUACCUUCCCGAGCCUAACUGGGAAGUGGGGGGCAGAGCAGGGACAGGGGGUCCUGGCCGUGGGCCUGGUGAGGGCUGGGCCGAGCCUGGAGACCUUCUGGCCUCCAGGGGCUGGGUGGGCACUGAGUCUGAAGGGAGGGAGGGGCAGGCGGCUCCUGGCUCAGCUCCUGCCCCUUCUGUUUUGAGUUCCUGAGCCUGUGGGCCCUGACCCGGGAGGCCAGAGAGCAGUCAGUGACCCCUGGGGUGCGGUGACCCCCUGUCCCUGCUGGGCAGGCUCCUGGAUGGCUAAACGUGGCCGCCCUUGUGAAAUAACCUGGAAGGGUGGGGCAGGGGCCCAGAGGUGGCACCCAAAGCCACAAGGGCAGUUGCCCCAUCAGUGGGCGGUGGGCCUUGGCUAGGCCCCAGCCCUCUGCUGCCCCAGGGUGGGGGAGCUCCCCACCACGGGUCGGUCCCCCGAAACUGAGUCAGAGCUGAUUGAGUGACAUCCCCCUCCCCAGCUCUUCAAAGUUAGACUCCUUCACCGCCCUGUCUACCCGAGUUCCCAGUGGGGACGGACCCCUGAGUCUUUGUGAGCGGGGGUCUGUCCCAGCGGGCUGGGGAGACAGCCCUGGGGGUGGGCCCUGGGCCACAUGCGCAGGGUCCUGGCCCCCCUCACCUGCCAGCCCGGCCCUCCCAGGGCUGCCGCGGGGCCGGGAGCGCCAGCGCCGGGGAGGGAGCAGCGCCAUAUGCUGAGUCAGCGUGACUCGCCGGGAACAGCCGCUCGGGGCGCGCCGGGGUUAUUUUUAAAGCUCGUGGCUUCCUCCUCGGCCGGCCCUCCCGCCUCUCGCCCCUCCGAGCUCCCCCGGCCCCUUUUCCGUGCCUCUGCCUCCCUGGCUGCCUUCGGUUCCCCUUCCCCUGUCAGACCCUUCUGGGCUCCCGCUGGGUGCCUGAGGGCGCAGCAGAGCGGCCCAGCCCCGGAUCCACUGAGGGGCUGCCCUGGGGGCAGAGUGCCUGCUCGCUGUGUCCCCGGGUUAUGACGGCUCCCAACAAAGGAAACAAGGCCCUGAAGGUGAAGCGGGAGCCCGGGGAAAAUGGCACCAGCCUAACGGACGAGGAGCUGGUGACCAUGUCGGUGCGGGAGUUGAACCAGCACCUGCGCGGCCUGUCCAAGGAGGAGAUCAUCCAGCUGAAGCAGCGCCGGCGCACGCUCAAGAACCGGGGCUACGCCGCCAGCUGCCGGGUGAAGCGGGUCACCCAGAAGGAGGAGCUGGAGAAGCAGAAGGCGGAGCUGCAGCAGGAGGUGGAGAAGCUGGCCUCGGAGAACGCCAGCAUGCGGCUGGAGCUCGACGCGCUGCGCUCCAAGUACGAGGCCCUGCAGACCUUCGCCAGGACCGUGGCCCGCGGCCCCGUGGCGCCGGCUCGGGGUCCCCUGGCCGCCAGCCUGGGGCCCCUCGUGCCCGGCAAGGUGGCCGCCACCAGCGUCAUCACCAUUGUCAAGUCCAAGACGGACGCCCGGUCGUAGGGGCGCGCGCCCAGGCGGGUCCGGGAGGGCCAGCGGCCCGUGGCGGCUUCAGCAGCCCGGGCCCCUCUUCCUUCUCUUUUCUCUCUCCUGCCCUCCCCCACCUCCUCCCACCUCUUCCCCUUCCCCACAAAGCACAACCUCCACCUGGGGGCCCGAGCUGAGCCCCCUUUGAUUUCGUCGUGGUUGUCGUGUGUCUUGUACAUUGGAAUUGGUCAGUUCGGUGGUGACGUGGGCUCGCCCCUUGCCCUCGCUGUCCCCAGGCCCUGGGAUCCGUGGCCCGAGGGGCUGCCUCUGCCCCCUGCCUCUGGCCGCUGCCGGGCUGGGGGGUGGGCGAUGUGUUCUAGGUGAGGAGGGCCCUGCCUUGGAGAGCGGGGCUGUCUGCGGGGCAUGGGGUGGGGGAUAGUGUGGCCACGGGCCAGGGUGCAGCGCUGGGUGCGACGCACUGCCCUGAACGAGACCAAAACCACGGGGUGUGCGUGGUGCAGGGUACAUCGGUGUGUCCUGCCAGGGGUCCCGUGUCACUGUUUACAUGACCUGUUUAUGUGGUUAAAUAGCCCUUUAUUUAAGAGAGAAGUUCCUUUUACAAAGUUAUUAAAUUAUAUGUUUAAAGCUAAAGAGAAAGAAAAGAGCUGCAGAGUAUUUAUAAAAUUGUGUUUUUAAAACAAAAAAGAACCAAGUGAGAACAUUUGACCAUAUAAAUGGAAAAGGAAAAAAGGUAUAGUAGAAACUUUGUUAGUUUAAAAAAAGGAAAAAAAAAAGAUCCAUUUCUUGUAAACUUAUGAACAACUCUUUGUGGCUGUUGGAGUUUAGUUUUUAUAUACACAGAGUUAUCAGACGUUAUUUAUAAAACUUAGUUUUAAAAAAGACAAAAAAAAAAACAACUGAACCACAAAGCGACUGAAGGCGCGUGCUGGCGUCCUCUUUGAUAUCUCUUUUGCAAUUGUACCGAAAGUGACUUACUCCCUUGCCCCCUGCUUCCGUCUCUUGCCGGUGCCGUGGUGUCGUCCGUGCCUGGUGAGGUCCUUGUGCAGCCGUAAUGUGCUGGUGCUUCUGGUGACCUUUGACCUGUGGGUGUCACUUCUUGUGUCUGUUCUCCCGUGUUUGUUUCUCGGGUUUAGUUGUGUUCUUGCUUCUGCCGGCCUGCAGGGCCUGGGGUGUCGGGCAGCGCCUGCCUAGCAGGGGCGUGGGGACCUGUGCCCACCACCACAGCCCCCUCUUCCCGUGCCCUGUGGCAGGCAUUGGAUGUGGGACAAGGGGCUCUGCUGCUCCCACCCCCUGACACUUGGAUUUGUGUGUGUCCAGGAGCUGGACUGAUCCCGGGGGAGGGCAGGUGACACGGGGCUACCCCAGCGGCCCCCAAGCUGUUUCCAUGCCCACCGCCACCUGUCCUGGGUGGCCGGGACCAAGGAGCCACUGUGAGUGGCCCAGGGACUGCUGUCUUCCUCAUGACCGGCGGGCAAGGGACAGCCUUGGCUCGGUUCCCUAGCUCUCUGCGUAGCCUCAGCCGGAGGACCCCCAGGGCCCAAACUGGGGGGUCGUGAGUCCCCCUACACUCCUCUCCUAGGUUUGCUUCAGUUCUGGGGGGUGGUGCCUCCCUAGGCAGAAUGGUUUGGGGGCCACUGAGGCACCCCUUCUUCCUCAUACCUGCCUUGUCCCUAGAGUCUGGGGGUCAUCCACCAGCCAGACAAGGGCUCUGCUGGGACCCACAGCGCCGGGUCCUGUCCCCGCACCUGCACUCGCCGGCAGCUCUCGAUCCGGCCCUUCUUCCGCCUCCCUUUGGGGUGUGUGUCUUCCAGGGUCAGCGUCUCAGCUCUCAGAGGUGCUUCUCCUGGGGCCUCGUCUGCCUUCCUUCCAGCCACUUGGUGCAGAGGGCCCUCCCACCUCGGCUUGGGAAGCUGUCUUGGAGUGUGAGGGGAUGCCCACAUGGGCCUCGCCUCAGGGUCACCAGUUGGGUUUUCUGGGUCCCAGGCCCCGGACUAGUGCAGGAGUGCGAGCAGGCGAGGCUUACGUCGUGGGCAGUGGUGUUUUCAUCUGAGGGUGUGACCUGGCAAGUCUGAGAUGGGAACGGGUGGGCUGUAGGCCUCUAUCGUCCCGAGCGGGCUUCUCUUGGCUCUCCUGGGGCCUGGGCCGCCUCCAGGUGGAGAUUCUGACUGUCAAAUCUGAGUCCCUUGGGGACUUCUUUCUCUCUUUCAAGACUGGAGGGUUUUGUCUAACAGAAGUCCAGUGUGAGUGGCUCGUGCCGGUUGUAGCAGCAGUGAGUUGGAAUUGUAUCAUAAAGCACCCAAAAGAGAGGUUGUGACCUGCCUGGAGGGGGAGGGACAGACUCUCCAUUUCCUUGUCAUCUCUGUCUGAGCACCUGCAGCAGGUGCAGACGCCAGGGGUGGAGAGCAGAGGGAGCAGCAGGAGCAGGGUCUGGGAGGAGCUCCCCUAGCUUUCCAGGAGUUGACGGGGUCCCUCGAAGGCCAUGCUUCUCCCUGAAGUGUUUGGGUUUGGAGCAGCUCUUCCGCGGGGAGGGGGCACACCCCUGUCCGGCAGGCCUUUUCCUCUUCACCUUGGUUUCUUGGCAGCAGCCUCUUGUUCCCACAUGACUGCUUGUUGUCUCUAAUCCUUGUUAAUUCAGUUUUCCUACUGUGAGGGUGUCGUGUUCCUUUUCCUUCCUCUUCUACUGAACCUUUGACACAGCGAGUCGAGGGCUUUGGCUCAGGCCAAGUCGCCCACACUUGUCCGCUAAGUAAACCAUAACGUGUCUUCCCUUCCACCUGGCCCUUGCCCCUGCUUCCUCUCAUCACAGCCUGGACACUCGGAUUUCAGAGGAAACCCAGCAGGAACAGGCAACCUCCUGCCCAAAGAGUGUGGCUGCCGAGACCCCCUAGGCCCCCAGCCGCUGCUCUUGCGUAGGUGCUGCUCCCUGGUAGCUCUGGGGGUGCUGGUGGUCCUCCCUUGCUUUGGCCCCCUGCACGCCUGACUGUCGGCGGCCUCCGCGGUCUCGGUGUUGCGGCCCACGGCUCUGGUCUGCUGCACUGCUUCGGGGUGGGCGGUCAGGCCCCAUGCUGUCCCUGCCAGCCUCUGGUUGGCCCGUGCUCCCUGUCCACAGCUGGGAAGCCUCAGCCACAGCCUGCAGCACCGUUUCCGCUCUGGGAUCUUGUGUUAUUUUUUUAGGCUGUGGUUUGGUGAAGGGAACCAACACAUUAACGAUUUUUCCCCUAGAAGCCAUUGAAUAAUUCUCUUUGGCACCUUUGCGCCUUCCUGUUGGCUGUCAGUGGUUUGAUAGCAGGUGGAGAGAAUGCAGAACACACGUGGCGCCACACUGAGGCAGGGGCGUGCCAGCAAGACUGUCCAUGCCCACCGUGCUUUGGCCUGCACAAAUGUCCACCGUGCCCAGAGCAGCAGCCUUGCCACCUCAGGUGUCCCACAAGUCCAAGCUGGCUGGCGGAGGCCGCCCCUGUUCUGGGUGGUCAGUUGGGCCUUGGCCCCAGUGGUGGCCCUGUGGCCCAGCCUUGUCCUUCUCCCCAUCUCUUCCGUCUGCUCCCUCCCUGAAGCCUUGAACCAAACAGGAGAAUGGGGCGACAGGACAAGGGCUGCCCGCUGUGUCCAGCUCUGCUGCUCUCCAGGCGCUCAGACGGUGGGUCCGAGCAGGGUGAAGCUAGGGGGAGGCUGCGGAGAGGUGCCCCGGGGCUGGGUGGGUCGAGGUGGGGGCAGGUGUUAAAGGUCUAGGCGAGGACGGGCCCAGGGCGGCCCCACACCUGCCCCUCGCUGUCGGCCGUCGGGGCCCCUCUGCCCCGCGCAGUAUUUAUUGCUAAAUUAUUGUCCGGGAGGGGCGGCGCUGGGCCGGCCCCCCGGGUAUUUAUUGCUGUACAUAGUGUAUGUUUGUGACAUAUAAGGUUUUCUUUAUUUUGUAUAUGACCAAUAAAACACCUUUUAAAAAGA